AUGCGUAAGCGUAUGAGCGACGACACGAACAAGUACAAUUUCAACAGGAAACGUAUACUCGAUAGAAUCCGCGAAGGCUCAAUUCCUCAGCAGAACACGACCAAAAAAUACGACAUAUCGAACGCCGAGGUAAACGCGAUACGAAAAGAGGGCAAUCACCCGCCGCUCGUCGUCGCGUUCGCGCCGUCCGCGUACGCACCAACUUUAGCCGUCAACGAGGAAACCAAACGCAUACAAGCACAGUAUCUCGAGCAACAACAACUCACCGAAAACGUAAAAGAAGACGAACAGAAACUCGUCCAAUCGUUCAAAAAACUUAUGGUCGAACAGCGUGGAAAAAUACUCAAAGUUCCGCCGGGGCAACAGUUUGCUCUAAAGACGUUCCACGAUUACGUGUGGAAUAGAGGUGCCGACGGACAACCAACCUCGUGGGUAAUCAACAUCACGGGUAAAAAGGCGAAGGAAACCACCAUACAAAUGCGGUUCGGGAAAGAGAACGAUUGGAAAUCGGGACAAGUCUAUCUCUUCUUCACGAGGUUUCUCCCACCGGAGUGUUUGAAGGACGUUCGUAGGUGUUUGAGAAAAGAACGCAUCGGACCGAUACUCAAAAGGUUACGCGAUAAAGAAGCGUCGAACCCCUCGACGACGCUCUCGACCAACCAGGCGCUCUAUGUGCUCUACCGAAACUUCCCGGGACUUUUACCCGAGUUCCAGACCGAUUUGAAUUGGCUCAACAAUUUCAACGCCGUCACGAAAAAGAAAGCGGACUCGUAUAUCGCCGAUAAAAGAAAAUACACAAUCAAAUACGGGUUCACGGAUAUUAAAAAAAUAUUCAAAGAUACGUUCGGACGCGAGAGUAAGGAGUUCCUCUACAUUUCCGUCUACGAGGAGUUCCCGAGUCGAGACGAUUUAGGAAACCUCGUCAUCAACCCGCCAAAUAUGACGGGCAACGUCGAGAAAACGAUGAACUAUAUCGUCAAAAAGAACGGAGUUUGGACGAUAUAUUUGAACGUGUAUAAAACGAUGGAUUUUUUUGGACGGGUCGUGGUUCGAUUCAGCGAUGCGACGUCCAAACUUAUUUCAAACUACAUCGCAAAACACCGACUCAAAAACGGCGAACACCUAUUCGGCACGUUCGGCAAGGACGGUAAAAUGUCCGCGACAAUCGCCGCGUGGUUGGUCGAGGCUGGGAUAAAGGACGGUAAAGUUCAGGGACAAACCAAAACGCCCGGUGCGAUUAACCUUCUGCGCCACGCGUACAUCUCGCAAAAAAUCAAGGAAGAAGAUGUGAUGAAAUUAUCUGAGACCAUGAAACACUCGCCGCUCGCUACCGAGUUGUACGUGCGCAAAAUCCAACCCCUACUCGUCGAAAAUAUGAUUAAAAUUGACGAGAGGAAACUCGUCUACGAGGAACCCGAAAUGAUACAAACGCGGUCGAGAGUACUCGAGAAGAGGAAACGUGAAGAAGAGGCAAAGAAGAAAGCAAAGAAGGGACGGGUAGUGGUGAUUUGA